GAAAAAGGUGAAGCAAUAGAGAAAAAUACAGCCAAUAUAUAUAUAAAUGGUAUAUAUCAUGCCUCAAUUGUAUUAUAUACUGCGGGAUAUGGGAGAAAUAAACCAGCUGACUACUUAGAGGACCUAUUUAUUUGCGUCAGUUGGUAUAUGUCCAGACUAUUCUUUAUAUUUGUUCUAGCAUGUUUUAUGGAAAGUAUAAAAGUCUCUACAUCAUCAAGAAGCAGAUACUUGGCCUUAGAACAUGAACUUGAGGAAUACAUGAGACAUAAACAAUUACCGUCAUAUAUGAGAAACAGAAUAUAUACAUACUACGAAUUUAGGUUUCAAAAACGGUAUUUUAGAGAAGAUGAGAUUUUAAAUACCAUUUCGGGGCAACUUAAACAAGAGAUAAACAUGCAUGCUUGUAAAAAGUUAGUUGAAAAUGUGUCUUUCUUUAGAAACUUACCAAUGAACUUGUUGGUUAGAAUAAUUUCUUGCUUGCAAAUUCAAGUUUUCUUGACCAAUGACGUCAUAAUUCGGUCUGGAACACCUGGUAAAUGUAUGUAUUUUAUUUCCACUGGAACCGUAGCAGUAUACACAAAGUCCGGAAAAGAGAUUUGUCACUUAAAAGACGGUGAUCAUUUUGGCGAGGUAUCUUUGUUAUAUAAGGAUACUCUAAGGAUAGCAUCAGUAAUUUCGAUAGAGAUAUCGGAGAUUUAUACGCUGGAUAAAAAGGACUUCGUUAAAGCGAUUUAUCCGUAUCCGGAUUUGUUAUCCAAUAUCCAGAACAUUGCGGCAGAUCGCAUGGAAACCGCCUUUAUGUUAGAUGAACAUAAUAAAAGUGAGUUGGCGCAAAGAAAAAUAUUGUAUGACAUGGACCACUGA